AUGAAACUGACCGCAGUUAUUGUAUUGCUUCAAGCCUGUUUGGUACUGGCCGGGUUCUAUGAUUCGAAUCCAAAUGUUCUGGAAUUGAAUCACAAGAAUUUCGAUAAAGUGGUGUAUGGAACGAACUACACAACCGUGGUUGAGUUCUACGCACCUUGGUGUGGCCACUGCAAGAAUUUGAAGCGGACGUAUAGUCAAGUCGGAAAGUACUUCAAGGACCUUGUUCAAGUGGCAGCAAUUAACUGCGAUUUGGCUGAAAACAAGCCUGUGUGUUCCAAGUACCGCGUUGAAGGGUUCCCAACUGUAAUGGUUUUCCGCCCUCCAAAGGACUAUGGAAAGGGCAAGCGUCAUGCCACCGAGGUAUACAAGGGUGAAAGAGAAUUUGACAAGAUUGUGGCAUUUGUGAAGACGCGGAUUAAGUCGUUUGUGUCUCGGAUUAAACCAGACGGAUACGAAACAUUUAGGAAAGCCGAUUUCAACGAAGAUCACCGUGCCCUGUUGAUAACAGACAAGAAAAAGGUGCCAGUUACUCUCAAGUCCCUUGCUAUUGAUUUUCUCGGAUCAGUGAAGGUGGGAUACAUGCCUGUGAAGGAAGGAGAGCUGUCAAAGGUGAACGAACUACUGGGCACAAAGUUCGAAACUUUGCCUCAACUAGUGAUUAUCCAUGAAGAUGGGCCUCAGGUGUAUUCUGGUGAGUUCAACAAGCUCGAGAUGAGCAAAUUUGUUCAGAAAUUCGUGAAACCUAAGGAGGGCCCACUCAGUGAUAGAGGUAAAUGGCUGAGCAAGUUGGGCUUGGGUAUGGUGAAGGACGAGUUGUAG